CAAGACAUGAACCACAUAAACUCAAUAAUAAUAAUAAUAAUUGCGUAAUCCUCACGAUCUCUUUAGAAAUCACCUUGCUCACUUUCGUGUCACCUUAUCCUUCUAAAUACAUUCUUUUUUAACGAUUCUUCUUAUAUAUUUGAUGUUAAUGGCUCUGAGAUCAGCAAAGCUUUUGCUUUUCAGUCCUUUACACGAUAACCAUUGGCCGCCACUAACUUUCAUCCGGUUUGUAGAUAAGGGAAGAAGAACAGAGUGGCCAAGGAAGAGAUCGAUGGCCACGACGGCGAAGGUAGACACCGACGAUCUCCGGCGAUUCAAGGACGUUAAUCUCGACGAAGCUCCGUCUCGCCGUCACGUUCGCGAUUCCUUGAAAGAUACUCAGCUUAAUCUCGAUCAUAUCCUCUUCAAGACACCAGGAGAUGGAAUUAAGACAAAGGAGUCUUAUGAGGUGAAUUCAAGAGGAGUUGAGAUCUUCUCCAAAAGCUGGCUUCCUCAAGCUUCUAUCCCCAGAGCUUUGGUUUGUUUCUGCCAUGGUUAUGGAGAUACUUGCACGUUCUUCUUCGAAGGGAUUGCAAGGAGAUUAGCUUUGUCUGGAUAUGGAGUUUUCGCUAUGGACUAUCCAGGGUUUGGUUUAUCAGAAGGCUUGCACGGAUUCAUCCCCAGCUUUGAUCUUCUUGUUGAAGAUGUCAUUGAGCAUUACUCCAACGUAAAAGAGAAUCCGGAGUUUAGUUCUCUGCCGAGCUUUCUCUUUGGACAAUCAAUGGGUGGAGCCGUGUCGCUCAAAAUACAUUUCAAGCAACCAGAUGCGUGGACCGGUGCAGUCUUGGUAGCACCUAUGUGCAAAAUUGCAGAUGAUAUGGUUCCACCACCAGUGUUAAAACAGAUUCUGAUCGGUUUAGCUAACGUUCUACCGAAACACAAGCUGGUUCCACAAAAGGAUUUAGCAGAAGCAGCUUUUAGAGAUGUCAGGAAGAGAAACAUGACGCAAUACAAUGUCAUAUGUUACAGCGGCAAACCGCGUCUACGGACCGCUGUGGAAAUGCUUAGAACAACUCAGGAGAUUGAGCAACAGUUGGAAAAGGUGUCUUUACCAAUACUGAUUCUACAUGGAGAGGCGGAUAUAGUGACUGAUCCAUCAGUGAGCAGAGAGCUUUACCAGAAAGCGAAAAGUUCAGACAAGAAGAUAGUUUUGUACAAAGACGCUUAUCACUCUCUGCUUGAAGGCGAACCAGACGAGAUGAUACUCCGCGUCUUGGCUGAUAUCAUCUCGUGGCUUGAUGACCAUAGCUCGCAAGCUGAGGGAUCAUUGGUUACUCCUCCUAAGUAGAUUCUGAUUAUUUCUUCAGUUAUAUUGUUUACACUUACCUAGUGAAAAUGUAUUUUUUUCAGUGAAUUAGCAAUAAAGAUAUUAAAUUACAUGCAAUACAA